AUGCCACCAAAGAAAACCAGUCAACUCAAGGAAAUCUGUCAAUCCGAUCGGAAAGCUCAGAUUGCCAGCCUCGACAUCCCGACUCACGUUGACACAGGCAAAACCAAUCCGGUCCGAGGUUUGGAAUCGCUCUCACUGGCAUUUGACAGCCCUAUUCCUUCACCGCCUCUGCCACCGAAUGCGUCCUCAUCAUCCCAGAACCAAACACAAUCACCCGUGGCUUACGAUUGCAGUCAAUUUUUCUCGCUUUCACUCAAGUCAUCAAACCCAUCCGUCGUCCAUACUGCGAUUGUGGCUGCGAUCCUUUCCAUCUUCAACCAAUGCUCCAGCAAUGUUGUUUCGUGGUUUCUCAAAUCUCAAAGAGAUCUCCAAAAGCUGAUAAUAAGCCGCUCUUUGACGCCCCACCUAAUCAAUGAACUUGCGCAUCCCGACCUGCUCGUUAUUCAAGAGAUACCGCAACGCAUCGAGACAAUCGUUGCGUGGCUCAAUCUGGAUCCGGUUCUAACCCGACUUCUCUGUUGCAAAAAAUGUUUUGCAAUGUAUCCCAUCCUACCCGACACCCCGCUGCGAUGUUUGCACCAGUUGCCAACCGUGGAUUGUAUCCAGCCCAUCUCAGAUAGUUCAACCUCGCCAGUAUCGAAGACACCAUCUGAUUCGCCUGUAUGCAACUCUCCGUUAUUCAGAACACGUGGGACCAAUACCUACCAAUUCGUACCUACGGAUUCCAGGAUCUUCACGCCUGGAUUGCCAAAUUAUUCUCUCAUGCUCACAUAG